UUCAUUUUAUUAUUUUUAAAUUUAAGGUAGUGGUGGCAGCCAUAUGAGCUGCGACAAGAAGCUCUGAUUGAAGAUCGGAGAACAAUGGAGAUCCUCCCCUUUUUUUGAACCACCCACUUCUUUGAUUAAUCAUAAAUCACUUCUCAUCUUUUCGCGUCUCCUAUUUGAUACAGUAAGUAUUCAAAUUUGAUGCUGUGUGUACUGUUUCACGCUGUAAACCAAUGCGAUGAUUCAGGUAAAAAAUCACUCACUGAUUUUCAAUUUUUCCCUGAGGCGUAAUCUCAUCGAAGCCCAAUCGACGAAGGUAGGGUUCGUGAACUUCCCGGCAACGUCGCUAAAUUGCCGUCGGAACUUAACGUCAACGUCGACGAACUUGUCGCAUAUCAAAGCAAAGGAGACUCCUCGAAUGUCUUCGUUAAAAUCCGGUAUUGAAGUCAAAUCGAAUGAAAGUGGCAUCAUCAACAAUUCGGAUGAUUCGAAUGGUUCGAUUCGUCAUGAAAUCUCAACAAAGGGAAAGAGAUCCACGAAUAUCGUUUGGCAUAAAUGUUCUGUAGAGAAAAUCGACAGACAGGAAUUGCUUCAGCAGAAAGGUUGCGUCAUUUGGAUUACUGGACUCAGUGGUUCAGGAAAAAGCACCUUGGCUUGUGCAUUAACACGAGCUUUGCAUUCACAAGGGAAGCUGACAUACGUCCUUGAUGGUGAUAAUGUCAGGCAUGGUCUUAAUCGUGAUCUUACUUUCAAACCCGAAGAUCGCGCCGAGAAUAUUCGAAGAAUCGGAGAAGUUGCAAAACUGUUCUCUGAUGCUGGAAUCAUCUGCAUAGCGAGUGUCAUAUCUCCCUACAGGAAAGAUCGUGAUGCUAUUCGAUCAAUACUCCCAGAUGGCGAUUUCAUUGAGGUUUUCAUGGAUAUGCCUUUAAGGGUUUGUGAGGCUAGAGAUCCAAAGGGUUUAUACAAGCUUGCAAGAGCUGGAAAGAUUAAAGGGUUUACUGGGGUUGAUGAUCCAUAUGAGCCACCAUUAAAUUCAGAGAUAGUGUUGGAAUAUGAAGGAGAUGUGUGUCCUUCACCUGAGGUUAUGGCUGAUAAAGUGAUUUGUUAUCUAGAUGCAAAAGGGUAUUUGAAGGCAUAAUAAUAAUAAUAAUAUUUGAAAUUAUAUUUAUGAAUAAAUUAAGUCAUUUACAGGAAAUUACUCGUUUCCUGGUUCUUUUUUCUUUUUUCUUUUUAAUUAAUUGGUUAAUUGUUACAAUAUAUGAUAUAUGUUGGUUUAGGGAAUUUGGUGAAUUUAGGGUUUUUAUGUGAAUGAUUGUUGUGUAUUUAUACUUUAUAGUGAUUGAGAUAGAAAUGAAUAGGUGAAAAUAUGGAUUAGGGUUUGGUAAUGUUAUAAGUUAUAUGUAUAUUAUGAUAAUUGAGAAUUUAUAUUGAUUGAAGAAUAA